AUGCCGAGAUCACUCCCCGCGAAGUCACAGUCUGAUGAAGAUUCACCAAUGGUGGAUCGAAACUGUCACGAGUUCGGUCUGAACGCCACGUGCGGUAACAACUUGCCACGCUGGCUUGACGAGCAUUUGGUGUGGAAUCCUGACGACUUUGACCGCAUACAAACGGGCGUCUACCCACAGAACAGCGUCUGGAAGCCGGAUGUGUCUCUCAAGAACUCGGUGGAUGAUUUCAAGACACUCGGAGACCCGUCUCUCAAUGUGAUCGUCACGUUCGAGGGACUUAAUAUCAGGGCGAUGACACCCGUUUUAAUAUGCCGAUUUGACAUCACGUAUUUUCCAUUCGACAAACAGGCAUGUGAAAUGAUUUUUGUUACUUGGGGCUACACGGCGUCUGACGUCCGUAUUUGGAGACCGGAACUGGGACAAGCGGCACACUUAGAAGACAUUCUGCAUAACCCUGAGUGGGACCUGUUUGGGGUGAGAACUCGCAACGAGUCGAAUCCUCGCCCGAUGAUUAUUUUUGACGUGUAUUUGAAGCGCAAACCGACAUACGUAGUGAACAACAUAAUCCUCCCGCUCAGUGUUCUCAUCGCUUUGAACGGCUGCGUGUUUCUGUUACCUGAACGGAGUGGCGAGAAAACCGGAUUCGCAGUAACCGUGUUUCUCUCCUUUAUGGUGUUUGCGAAAAUCGUACAGACUACACUUCCGGUGAACUCAAAACAAACGCUGCAAACUGUUGAAAGCUCUGUCAUCACGAUAGUCGCCAUUUGCCUUGUACGCAUCGAGGGACGUUCUGAACAGUCAGGGACUGGUUAG